AUGUUUACUCCAGAAGACUCCAUAGAAGAAUGCAAAGAAGCAUUUUAUCUCUACGAUCGACGAGGAGACAAAAAAGUUGAAUCAAGCCAGAUGGGAGAAGUUAUGCGAGCCCUUGGCACAAAUCCAACCGAAGGAGAAAUUGCAAAAAUAAUUCGCAGUCUCGAUCCUGCUGGAACUGGAGCCAAGAGAGUUAGCUUCGAAGAAUUCUUUCCAAUUUAUCAAAAUCUGCGUGAUAGGCAGAAAAAACGUGGAGGUAAGUUUUAUAUCACAAGAGUUUAUAUUCAUUGCCGCCUUGCUUCAGGAAGUGAGCUUAACUUAAAUAUUUUUUCUGAUUUUAUUGUUCCGUAUCGCAUUUGUGUUUGAUAACUCUUCAGCGGCAAACUAAUACUAAGAUAAUCCUUUUUUUCUUUAAGCGAACUGUGCUUAUGAUUUUCAGGCUCAAAGCUUGACGAAUCGAUAGCAAAAGCUAUAGCGUACCUUAGCUUCCUUUAUACUACCUAAUAACAAAAAUAUAAGUUACUUAAUAUGCAUUGAAAAAUUAAAAUAAAAACAGAAUCAGAAAUAAGCUCAACAUUUUUGUCGCUCUUCAUUGAGAAUGGGAACUAUUUUGAUUCUCUUUAAGAAAGCUUGAAAUAAUGAAGUCAUAUCCGAUCUAGUAAAAAAUAUAUAUAUAAAUAGCUGUAAAUAAAAAGAAAUGACUAUCGUUUAUUACGUUUCCAGCAAGUUUAAAAGUUACGUCGAUUAGCGUGGCCUUGAUAUGAGUUUUAGGAAUUAAGUAUAUCUAGCCUCAUGAGAAAGGUGGAAAUGACUUGGAAAAUAAUUACGCGCGGAGUUUAAGGCUAAUUUAUUGAUUUCAAAAAAGGAAUAAAUAAAAUCAAUAUUUUCAGGACAGUCUGGGGUACUGGGUACUCUGGGAUAUUUACAUGUAAUCGCUCGUGAUAGACACGCAGCCAGUGCAAGUCACGUGUAGAUCGUCAUCUGUGUAAUUUGGGUUAGGAUUUGUGUUUUAAAGAGCACACAUUGCCACACUCACCAUAGAAAAUAAAAAAGUCAUUUUGCUUUCAAGUAUUCUCUGCAUCAUGAUUGUCAAAAAUCGAGCUGCAUGUUCAAAUUCAACGCUGAGGUUGAUGAAACGGCAGUUAGAACUUUGGUGUGGUGUUUGCCUGAUGACUAGUUUCCAGUCGCCCUAAUAACCAGUUUCUUUGAAAAAUCAGGAUUAAAUUCAAACAGUUCUGCCAAAAACUUUAUUGUCGUUGCUUCCAAGACGCCAAAGAUCUAUCUAUAUAGUGUGUGGGUGUGUCUACAAGCUCCUCUUUUAAUAACCAAUCUCCCUUUCAAGGCUCUCAGGAGCUGAAAUUUAACAACCCCUUGUCCUCGUUUUUGGUAAUUUGAAAUUUCUUUUAUCCUUCUACGGGUUUUCAAGCGUAAUUCACAUUUUAAAAUAGGUUCAUGUAUUUUAUUUUUAGUUGAUCCGGAGUAUUUCAUCGAAUGCCUUCGAGUGUUUGAUCGCAACUGUAAUGGAUUAGUUAACGCGGCAGAGUUGCGUCACGUGCUCUGUAGCCUUGGUGAUAAACUG